AUGUAUUCAAACGUCCGUGAGCUGCUUCUGGGGACCUUGGACCCCUCCCGCGUUCAGGCGAGCACGGAUGCUAUUCAGAAGCUCAAGGGGUCGCCGGAGUUCGCAAACAUGCUCUAUAGUUAUAUGCUCGACGCUUCAAAUGACGAGCAGACACGAUAUUUAGCAUCCAUUUACUUCUCCCAGAUAUUUAGGAGUCCUCUUUCUCAUGAGAAGAGCGUGCUCAUGGAGUUCUCCCAGUCUACGCUCCAUUGCUUCUGUACUUUGCCACUAAAGAUUCGGCGAGUCAUAAAGGACUGUCUUGCUGUAACACUCAACCACCUCUACCAAUGUGGAAAGCUUCCAAAUCUAUACAGUGACUGUGCCAGCAUCCUGUAUGGUGUUUUGCGGGAAAAUGGCAUCGACCCCCUGACGUAUCAAGGGGUUCUAACGCCCGAUGUUCUAUGUAUACUCAGUGAUGUAAUAUUCCUCAUGCUUCCCUUCCCAUCCCACGCCGCUACUGUGGAGCUAGAUGAUACGAUCGCCCUUAAGUUGAAGAGCAUAAUUGGCUCCACUUCAGAGCUCAUUAUUUCCCUGUUGACCAUGGCAACUACGUGUUACGUUGCCUCCCUGCGAGACCAGGCCUCAUUCAUCGCUUACCAGAGCUUCUUGCACUCUCUCUACUCGUUCCUUAUGUCUAUGUACUCUCUGGAUGAUUUACCAACAAUAUACAACGACAAGUAUUUGUACAUAGCAACCUCUUCUGUCACAUUCCUUGAUUUAAGAACGCUGGCGUCUCAAGGCUUCAACCUGACGGACCCCAUUGUAGCAGAGGUGUGCAAGAAGAUCUUAAGCAUGCUCUGCAAUUCUAUCAGCGCCCAUAAUGCAGAAUUGGAAGCACAUGCCGCAAAUGUGAUAAAGCUCUUGAUUGAUAUGGCAUGUAACUAUGUGGCUGUUACGGAACAUAAGACAUUCAACAUGAUCCUCACAGACAUCCUUUUUCACUUGCACUUCUUCGCAGAGGGUCUAGAGUCUCAAAAGUACAUCUAUGCCAACGCGCCGCAGCUGAUGAACCAGGUCAUAUUUUCUGCGUUGCGGCUUACAGCCUCUGACUUUGAGGCUAUAGAGGAGGAGGAUCACGAGUACGUUUGCGGGCUUCUGUCGAUAGGUGAUAGCACAUCUCGUCGUUCUGCUUGUGAGGGGAUUCUGCGCACUGUCUGUAGGGCCUUACCAGAGGCCAGGGGAGUCGCUAUGCAGAAGGCUCAAGAAAGCAUCGCUUCCUUGGGCCAGGGACAAGGAACACUUGACUGGUUCGUCUCUCUUUGUCAAGCACUUGCAUUCUAUCGCGCUGUGGUCAUUCAGCAAGUGUCGAAGUUCACUGGAGUCAGUCUUAUUAUAUCUGAUUCUAACUUCAAUGAGUUUUACGCUACGGUUAUCGCUCCCAGCCUUAGACUACCCUAUCUUGCGUCCAGUACGGAGCCGAUGGAAUUGUCCGCCGCAAAAACCCUUGCACUCUGUGAAAUUAUGCACUUUGUUACCGAUUUCCGCAAUAUAAUGACGGAGGAGCAGUUCAGCGAAGGCUUACAGGCAUUACUACGGUGCCUCAGCUGUUCCCACAACAACGUCUCCAAUUCAGUAUUAUCAUCCUGCCUAUCUACGAUUCUGAAGAACUGCAAGCACACUAGUGUAGUCGCACAGCUAGAGCCACAGUUCAUUCAACUCCUUCACACAUUUCUUUCAUCGAGUGGUCAGGGAAGCAGCACUUGUCUUCUGCUCCACUCCGGUACAAAUGAUGUCUACGUUGCUAAUGCGUUCUCAGCCGUUCUACGCCUCGUCUCCCAGUCGAUGACUAUCGAUGCGCUGGUCGAGCUUGUCGUCCUCUUUUUCUCUUUUGUUUUCCCUACCUGUCUCCAGAGGAAGGAUCGACUAAAAUUCGUGCAUAAGCUUUUCGAGUCUCUUGUCAUUAUACUCAAUGUAAUAUCGGACCGAGCCAUCUCUGGAAUCAAAACAAAUUCUGAAGUGGUGAACCAGAUGAUAAAGUUGUUUGCUUCGUUGUACAGCCAGCUAGAAAAUGAAGAGGAUUGGCUGCCUAUUUACUUCCAACUACUCUCCCCUCUUAUGCAAAUAGCAGCCCUCACAGAUGCUUUCACCGAAGCACACUAUCCUGUUUUGUUCAAAGAAAUUCUUCCUAUGUAUAUCAAUGCAGCUUCACUGCAGGUCUCUGCUUCUAUACCAGCAUAUGCACUGGCGAUGAACUCGUUUGUUAGCCUGGCUGUGGCACACAACAGGUCACUCUUGAACAACCCCAUAACUGCUCCUGAUGGCACGUCUACUUCGUGCAUACAGCGCGUCGUGCAGUUUGGAUCGAAGCUGGUAACAACCAGUAACUUCAGGUUAUAUGGAUAUGGGGUCCUAACGAAUAUCGCCUCCCUUAUCCCCGAAUGUGUUCCUGUGGAUGCAUACGCAAACGCUUUGGACGUGGCCCAAAAGGAGCUGAGUGAGAUUCAGAUGGACAGAAAGCUCUUAGGAGCUGUUUGUCACUUUUUUGCUCAGUAUGCGUGCUCCUGCGACCCAUCCACAAUGAACUCAGCAUUUAUUGUAGAAGAGCUCCUUACGCCAUUCACCAAAAAGGCAUUUCUGCGAGAUUCGAUCACAAAGGACAUCGUUGUACUCCUAACGAAGCUUCCAGUGAACCAGUUAGAUGAGGCAAUAAAGUGGGACGUACUGCGGUGCAUAGGGGUGCUAGGCGGAUUAGUGAGAAGAAAGAUCGACCUGUGCAGUAGAUCGCGCGUCAAAGAGGGCGAGGCAACGGAUUCCGAGGAGAGAAUGAUAACGGAUGGAAGCGCCCUCUUUGUUGAACUCAAGGAGGUAAGGGGAACGUGGCCGACUGUCCCCGUGCCACAAGGCUUUUCAUUAGCAAAGCAUAUUACAGACACCAUACCAUUUGACUUCAAGAAUUUGAGUGCAUAA